GGUUCUGCAAGAAUGUGCACAGGGAAGGUGACCAUAUCAUCCUUGUCUAUGUUCCUGAGCUCAAUGACAUGCUUCACUUCGUCCAGAUGGAGCAAUUCUGUGUAUGUGUUUGAUCGUGAGGUGAUGGAAGCCAUGCUGAGGGAGGAGCAGGAGCGCAUCAAAGCUGACCUGGAAGUGUUUGCUCAGAAACUCAAAAAGCGUGGCCUGGGAGGGAAAGUGAAAAGUGUCAUGGCUUCCAAGCCAGGAGAGGGCAUUUGCAAGGCUGCCGAGGAAGAGCAGGCCACUCUGAUGGUGGCGGGCUGUCGUGGCUUGGGCACUCUCCGGAGAACAGUGAUGGGCUCGGUCAGCGACUACCUGGUACACCACUCACACAUCCCGGUCUUUGUGUGCAAGCUUCCUAAACACACUCACCAUGAUGAUCACUAG